AUGAAAACUUUGACUUCUUUGCAGCCUAUCUUCAGGAAGCUUAGACUCCAUAGAAAAGAAGAGGAAAAAUGCCCUGAAAGUGCCUUUAAACUUUUGUUUUACUCUUCAGCAUACGGAUAUUGCUUCUAUUUGCUGUUUAUUGGCAAAUACAAAUUUUUUCAGGACACAAAGAAUUGUUGGAGAGGUGAGAGCAAUGCAUUUUUUGAGGAUCAAGACAUGCAUUUUCAUCCUAUUAAAGCGUGGUUUCCUUAUAAUCUGUAACGAUAUCACGUGACAGGGUCGCCUUAGAUGAACUUUAGCCGCCAAAGCUAGAGAGAAUAUACAGAGAGAGAAUCUUAGAGCGUUGACCAGGAUAUGUGAAUUUCACUUAAGUUGUUUUCAGAGGUUGUAAUUAAAAGGAAAUCUUAUUCCUGAAAUGUCCGCACAGUUUUAAUCGAUUGUUUGAAAUGUCACCAAGUUCACGCACGACUGCCUCAAAGCAAACAAUUCAGAAAUAUAUUGUGAUGACAACUGUUGAAUUCAGCCUUGAAAAACUAGAAUUAAGUUUUGCCGACUUCUCCGAAAACAAAUUUCCAAUAAAUUUCAAGCGUUUAAUUGGUCUAAAAAUAACAUGAUAAAACAGUUCACAUAUCCCAAGGGCUGGGCUUGGCUUUUCCCCCUCUGUCUGAUUAUUCUGUCUUGCCCGCGUGGCAGGCAUUUCAGGGACAGGGAAAGCGUUGAAGCAUUUUGAACAUGCCUCAUUUUCCCGCGUUUUUCAGGCAAGAGAAGGCAACCACGAGGUAGCGUAGAGCGUAUGACACGCGCGACGUGGGAAGUUGUCUUGCACUCCAUGGGAUAAAUAACACACAAGACACCUGGCUGUUAGUCUCGAUCUGCGUGUUUGAUAUGUAUUCGUUGCUGAAAGGAGGGUCACAGUUUUCAAAAACUGUCCCAGGCCCUGGGAAUUUUGGGCCUCCACUUUAGGCCUUUUUAUAUGGUUCAAACAAGGAUUUUUAUCCUUGUGCUUGUGUUUGCGUUUUUCUCAAACGUUUACUAAUAGGUACCCAAUAUGAUACGUAUUUCUUUUGUUUUCACUAUCUCAGGAUGGCACAAAGGAAUGCCAGUUCCUGAUGACAUUUACACGCUCUACGUUGUGCAAGCAGGGUACUACAUUCAUGCCUUAUAUGCCGUAUUGUAUAUGGAUGUGUGGCGAAAAGACUCCGUUCUAAUGAUUUUGCAUCACAUUGUAACUAUUUCACUUAUUCUAUUUUCAUUUGCGGUCAGGUAAGAUUACCUACAGUUUCUUUAAGAUCCAAAGAAUUAUCUACUGAAUACUUUUCUCGCCGAGAGACGAGUUUUCGUAGCUGCUCAGUUCAAUAUGGCCCGCUUCUCAACCGUGGGUUCCUCAGAAUCCUUGCCUUGUAAAGAUAUCAUCUAGAUGCCUUUAAUUUCUUUGAUUAUCCUGUUAUGUAGGUCAAAUGAGGAAGCUGUAGACUAACAUGAAAGAAAGGCCGGGUAUACAUGGGCUCCAUAAAUAAUCCUUUCUAACCACAAUCGAUAUCAUCAGACUUAACCGCCAGCAUAUCUACCAUACAAAUGGCUUUCGUUACUUUUAGGGGACAGUCGCUCUAAAAGUAACGAAAGCGAUACAAGUGCAUUUCACUAUUUAAGACUAAGAUUUGUCUAUCAAGUUACCGGAGCUUGCAAAUUAUCAAAGAUUUCCCUUGUUUAAUAAUGAUAUAAAAGUCCAAGGUAACGUUAGGAACUACUCAAUAAGUCAGAUAUACGUUUAAGAAUGGGUGGGCCAGACCACAGUGGGGAUGGGGUGAAGGGGGCGUGCCAGAAUAUCAGCCUAAAAGUAGAUGGCUGAAACGAUUCCCUAGUGGUACUAACAAUAGCUAGCUUUAAUAGUGAUAUAUAGAACGCUAUCUAAACGGACCUCAGGCCUGCAGCGUUUUACAAUUUAAUUUCAGGUACCACCGAAUUGGUGUGCUCGUCCUGUUUCUACACGACGUUAAUGAUGUAUUUUUAGAAUUCUGUAAACUCUGUGUGGCAUUCAAGACGCGUAACGGAAAGUACCAUAUCGUUCCUGACAUUCUUAGUAAUGUCGGAUUCCUUUGUUUCACGUUUCUCUGGUAAGCUUGAUCACAAGUAUUCAGUUUGCCACUUAAAUGAUCGUUUUCAUUGGUAGCCGCUUACCGAAUAUAUCUUUUACAGUAACUUUUGUUUUGACGUGAUCGACGCAAUUUCAAUGCAAUUCAUAUUAUAGGCGAAUGAAGGGGUUACCCCGGGUAACUAAAUCCUCGGAGAACAGGAACAGUUGAUAGAGACCGGUUAACCAUAAUCCUUGGAGAACAGAGGCAGUUGAUAGAGACCUGUUAACCAUGGGCGAAAUUGUUGUAGGCAAAGUUUAAUCCAUAACCAGUUACUACAUUUUGUCUUUGUUUUAGUCUUGUUUUGGUUCUAUUACAUUUCGUACUUUCAAAGAUAUAUUAAAUUCUUGAUUUGGAAUACAAACAAGGCAAACAUAAAAUAGCUUUCCUGGCCCAAACAGGGCUUUUGCAUGAGAAAGGCGCCCCUGGAACUUUUCUCGCGCCGGUACGGUGGUCGUCCCGUCCAGAUCCAGAGCUGGAACUUGGAUCGAUUGAACCAUGAGAGCACCUGACAACACCUGCGGCAAAAAGAUGUAUUACUGUGAGUUACGGAUCUGUUAUCAGCUCGCCUCUGUUUUAGGACUCCAUAUAUUCCCAGAUAAAUUUGAGAAAAAGUCGCUAGGUUUGGGGGUCUUAAAACGGUUUUUAAGUUACUCGAGUUCGUAGUGAGCGAAGGUCUGAAUAGGGUUAAUAUCUCGAGAGUUUCGCCUAAAAUGAAGUCCUUAAGAAUUAGUAAAUUGGGCCUUAGAAGCUCUCUCUACUAGUAACGUGUCUAAUUCUAUGAAUUAUGAUUUCCAGGUUUUACUGUCGACUAUACAUCUACCCAAUUAAAGUGCUCUAUUCUUGUGGCUAUGAAUUUCGUCCUCUUGUCCCAACCGGGCCAUUUUACUUCUUCUUCAAUAUCAUGCUGUGGAUUCUGUUCGCUAUGAACUUGUGGUGGUUCAGGAUCAUUUUAUGGCUCCUGAUUCGAACAGUUGCUGGGAAGAGUUUGGAAGACAUACGAGAGAAGCAAGACCAAAAAACUAUGGCAAAUGGCAAAAGAGCGUAACAAGAAUGUGGGGAUAGACGUCACCUGGCAGUUAUAUUAGAGAAGCAAAGUACAAGAACCCAUGGUUUCAGUUGUAUAAGUGUUUAUCUUCAUCCUAUUAUUUGACAAGAGCAAGAUAAAGCAAAUCCUGCAGCCUAUUGAUCAUGAAUAAAGUCUAGGAUCCUCGUCUUUUUUAUUUUUUUCAUGUCAGAUGCCGCGGCAUCAGAAUGUUGUCGUCACUGAUCAUUAUAAUAAUAUGGAAUAUUUAUAGCCGUUGUCAGCAUACCGUUUAUAAAGGAUCUCUAAGCUUGGAGUUGUAAUUUCCUUGCUGCCAAUAAAUCUGGUUUUAAGAGAAAAGUUCCCUUUUUUAUCAUUUGCCGGUGUCAAAAAUGUUUUCUGUGAGGUAAUUCACUUAAGAAUGAAGUCUAGUUAUAUGGCACUUCAGUCUUUUCAACGAUUUGUUACUUGGUUAAAAAUGACACCAACAAGUCUGAUCAGCGCACAUAAAAACUUGCAUCCUAAAAUAUACACAUUUUUUUUCUAAUGUAAGGCUUUGUACUAAGCCUCAUUUUCAAAAAGAGGUCUGAUCGAAGCACUUGGGAAAUGGCCAUUCUCGUUCCCAGACCCGUGAUCCUUUUGGACAGCGCCAGUUUUUGAUGCGUGGCGUUGAACAAAAGGAUCGCCGUUUACUCGAAAGAAUCAAUUGCUGCACGCACGGGUAGAAUCUUCUUAUGCAACAACUUUAUUGACUUUAAUGAAAUCGCAGAAAUUUAGCAAGUCCACCCAACCGGUCCAUGAUAACCUGUGGGAGCAGACUCUGGAAUCUGAACGCUAGUCCAUGAUUGAACGAUAUUUGCACCCUCACUCUCACAAAUACUAUGAUACUAUUAUAAUAUUAGAAUUUUUGAAAUUUCUACUCAGUGCUUUUAAAAAUGUUUUAAGGAAGAAAACAGCCUUUAAACCGAAAACGAUUGAAAUGAGAAAAGGCGCAUUUUCCCCCUUCUGUGACCUUCGUAUUACGAUCCACAUUCCUGAUCAUAAUGGUUGAGACCCUCGUGAAGUUCUUCUUCCCUUUCCCUUCAAUUUUCAUUGAUUUCGAAGACGUAUAUGCUUAAACAAACGCGUGAAACUAACAUUGCGGGAACCACUAAGUUUAACUUGUGUUUUCAGGAAGUGUUUCAACAAAUUAUGACCGGGAUUGCAGAUUUCCGCCGCUCUUGUUCCUCUUGUUGGGCCCAUUUCCAAACAACGGCUGGGGAUUGUGAGAUAGCUUGAAGGCUACGAUUUUUUGGUGGCAUGACUUAGACUUAGGACGGGUCCGAAAUUGUAGAAGCAAAAGUCAGCCUGGUUUUGAAAAAAUCUAUUUCAAAGCAACCGAUUUUAGGUCAUUUUAUGGGAAUCUGCAUGGUUUUUCAGUGUCUCGGGGUUUUUUCUUUAGAUAGAAACAUCGGCCCGAAAAAUCGUAUUUUGAAAACAGAAUGACUCCUUAAAUCUUAUAACUAGCGUAUAUAAUUAGGGUAGCCACGGAAAUUUGGGGGCAAAAAGAAACUGACGUGGAAAAUACAAUCAAAUUAAUGACAAAUAUGUAUGAAAAUAUAUGUAUCAUGAGAUAAAUAAAUAAAUGUAUUCUGUACCGUGGACAAUAAAUGUGACUGCCUUUGUAACAUUAACAAAAAAGAAUCCUCAAUAUCAAUAAGAAUCGCUGAAAAUAUAGUGAAAAGGUUUUACAGAGGUACUCAGCUAGGUUGCUUUCAUAACUUUCUAGAAUUGGCUUUAGUUGCAAAAAAUGAUGGUACGUGUAUACUGCUAAGAAGCGAUUUCCUCUUACUCCGUAAUCAUUAUCUCUGCUACUAGUAGGGACUGCCUUUUAAACUUAAUAAAUAAUUGUCCCGGUUGAGAGAGAAUGAGCUUGCUAAAAUACAUUUUUCUCAAAGCUAAGGUGCAGAUAGAGCUAAUUCCAAAACGCUUAGCAGUCAGCUGCUUCCAAAAAAGGUGUUCUUAUAGGUAUGAUUUCGCUUAAUUAAGGAGUGCUUAUUGCUGAACAGAAAAAAUUAUUAUAUAAAUUUAUGCCGUUAAACAAAUUCCGUUUGUUCAGGUGCGGUGACUAAGUUACUAGAAGUGUGGUUUCGUAAUCUUUAUAUUAAGCUUCAAAGUUUAUCAUUAUCAUGUGCCUUUGAUCACUGCGUUCUAACUAAAAACAAAGAUUUUAAUCAGGAUGGCGGUAGGAUACUUUGAAGCUUUCGUCAAAACAUGGAGAAAUCACUGGGUUGAGUGGAAAGAAAAAGGAUUAACAAAGACGUUUCUGAAAGAUUUCAUUGACGAUGUUUCCACUGACUUCUAUAUAUCAGCUAAUGAUAUUUUUCUAUGUGCAGUUCUUGGCAUUUUCUUCACCGUAACGCGUUUCUUCUUGAAUGAAGCCGUUUUUAAGGUAAGAGGACAGAAGUACGUUGUUUCGUCCUAUUUUAAUACUAGGUUGGCCAGGUCACCCAGCGACUUUUUUCUGUAAAAUAACCGUGUUCGAAGGAGCAAAUAUUGCCUAGAAAAUUCUAAAGAUUGAGAAAAGCUAAAAAUUUCUGGAUAACCGCAUUCGUCUAAAAUACUCGUAGGUUUUCUCAUAGCUUAAACGAUUUUCGGAGGUUGUGUUAUUGCGAUUAUUGUAUAAAAAGGUCUCCUAAAACUUUCGGUAUAAAGGCAAAACGUUCCCUAAAAUUUUCUAAUGAAAGCAAGGCUACUUCAUGUCCUCGAACUUUCAACCGGACCCAUAAGGGUAACUAACGCUUUCGGAUGAGACGAAAAAGCCACCUAAAACUUUCGUGACGACCAAAGUUCCCCAACACAUCCGCACAGAUAAAUAUAGUUUUUAGGGCAACAUCUAAAGCACAGAGACUGAAACCAUCUGAGACACUUCUGGCGUAUUUGGAAACAUUCGGUCGUUGGGUGCCCCUGAGGCUAUUGGCCCUAUUUAUCCCGGCUGAGUGUUUUCCUCCGAAAGUUAUCUUCCGUGACCGAGAGUGUAACAUAAAUGUUCGUGGCUUGUUUUAAAAUAAAAUCACCUAGAAGAGCUCGUAAAAACACCAUCCGAGUGCGUACUCGCGUGGUUACUUUGAUCAAGCUUUUUAUGCAGAAAAUAUCCUGUGACGAUAGGUUUUGCUCUUCCAAGCACAAAUCGGAGAAAUAAGCGUUAAGAGAAUUCGAGCGACUUCAGCGUAUGAACAACAAGGGGAAAAACUCUGCAACUCGCUUGGCUAACGGGAAAGGAACUCGUCACUGUUCUGACAGCUGUUCCACGGUAUCAGGGUCUGCUACAGCUGGAAAACAGGACAGCACUCAAACUUGGAAUUCAACAGUGUAAUCUUCAGUUCGUGGAAAUGAAUCAUACAGGCAUCUGCAUCCAAAAUGUAAAUCAUACAAGCAUGUAAAUUAAUUUGCAAUGUAAAUCGUAAAACAGGGAUAACAGUGCUCUAUUUAUACUAACCGAUCAACUCAUUACAACAUUUCAACACAAAUGGAGAGAAGUCGAGAGGAGGCUGAAUAAAAUCAGCAGAACACCGAGAACAAAUCUGGAUAUAAACCAAACGACUCGAAAUUAAAAUAAUGUCAGUCAAGGAAAUGAAUUUCUGAAACUUACAAAGAUUCAGCAGUAAAGCUAUGCAAAAGAAUUCGAGUCUAGCUGAGUUUCCUUUGCUCAGGAUUCCUUAAAAUGUCAAAACUUGAAAACUACAAACGAUCGGCAUUUGAACAGGAGAAAGAUCCAGUUGUUCGGUGACUAAGCUGUGUAAUUAUUCAGAAACUAGUUAUCUUUUUAAAUGUAAACAUUGAAGUAAAAUGUGUAUAAAUUAAGAGAACUAAUUAAAACAUAUAAAUGGGAAUUCAAUGCAAAUUACGGCUGAAACAACUUCAAAGGGAAUAUUUAAAAGCUAGAUACGAACUUCGAGACAAAUUAAGAAUUCAUGGGAAAUCUCUCCUUACAAUCCCAUACUAAACGCUAGUCUAGCAUUUAUGUCCAAGUGCAUUUGUUUUAAUCGCCGGUAACUUACUAUUUGCCUAAAUCACGAUCACAUACUGACUUUGCAAAUUUAUUAGCUUUUUAUAAACCUGACUUAAAACGUUCCUUACAUGAGUAUCUAAUGAUUAUUCCUCAUCGCUCUCCUGAAAAGCUUGAAACAAAAUCUUGACAGUGUGAAGUUUCUCAUAAAUAAAAUUUUAGACCAAGGAAAUAUAAUGGUCAUAAUGAAACUGUUGCCUGAUUCAAAAAUUGCAUAUUUAACAAAGAAAUUAAAUGCAUGCGUAGGAAUAAUUUCAAAACUACUCAUCUCUCCGCCACGUCAUGGCAGAUAUUGGGCCGUUAAGCCAAUUGCAUUGCCGGGCGACAAUUCCCCCCAAAAAAAUUCCUGCAAGGGAAACUUUACCCUGGGUGCCAGAGGCUUUUCAUGCGCGGUUUCCGGUUUCGUCGCUCGUGUCUUCUGCCAAAGGCCGAAGACGUGUCGGCCUGCGGCCGACGAAGCUCCUCGUCACACGGGAGAAAAAACCUCUGGUACCCAGGGUAGGGAAACUUGUCUUAAAAAAAAAUCCUGCGACGGGUGAUACGUAAAACAAAUUCUUGCAGAGGAAGCGAAAUGCAUAGCAUUUACGGUUAUUGAAAAAAUGGGAUAAGGCCACGCAUAACAAUGAGGCCAAGGAACUAGGGAAAAGGAAACAUAAAACAAUGUCUAAAGAUAAAGAGAAUUGAAAUUCUUAAUUUGUGCUUCAGUACCCCUGAAAGCAAAUGUAUGAUAUUUCUUCAUACAACAAAACAUAAAUAAUAAUGGCUUGCUUCACUGCUAUCAAAAAUAAUUAUACUAUAAAAUCUCUCUCUUCAGAUAUAAAAUGUAUUUUCAAAAUAUUUUUAAUAGAACAAUAGUAUUAUAAGAAAAAUAAUGUUUUCUCAAGUAUGUUAAAAAUUGAAAUUUUCAACGAUAAAUAACACUAUAAUUUUGCUUUAAUAUGAAACACUAGCAACCAUCAAAACGAAAGCAAGUAAUGGAUGUAUUGAAGUGCCUCUGUUUCUUUAUAUUUAGAUGAUACCAAUCUUUCCUUUGUGUCUUGAGUAGGUCGUUCAUGUAAUAAUAGAUCACAGACAACGUCAAAAUGUCUGCAGUUCAUGUGCUAAAACACAUUUUAACAUCAUUUGUGACUGAUUACUGAACAGACACACGGCAAAAAGGAACCAAGUGGUAAACUAUAACGCGUGAUUCUCUUAAACAUUAUAUUAUGAUAUAAAUCUUACGUAAAUCGUAGAUUAGUUAUAAAAGAAGAAAUGUAUGGGGAAAAAAAUUCAUGCAAAGCUUGCGCCUCUGACAGAAAAAAUCAAGUGUUACCUCGCGCCAAAAAAACGUGACGUAGGUGUCAUUUCCUGAACGUUGGAGCGAGAGCGUUUUCUCCUCCCCCCGCCCCCCGCCCCUCCCUCCCUCCCCCUAGUGCAUCACCUUUUCUAUACCAGUUGGCACGAAGCUCUCGGAACGCCAUUUCUGAUUGGUUUAUCACUUCCGUUACUUCCGUUGCAAAGGUUGCAACCAUUUAAUUUUCAAUCUACUGAGUUAAUCUACAUUAGCAACCCAAAUGAUGACAAAAAAUCUUUGUACUUCACUCCCCUUUCGAUGUAACACCAAAGUUUCUCUAGAAUAUAACUAAUUAACCCUCCAAUCACAUCGGCUUGGUUCAACGCCAGUCAUAGAAAUCUCGUACCAAUUUACUCUCGAUCAGAUCAUGCGGCCCUAAAGGGUAAAUUCCAUAAGUUACUGCUUAAGUUUUGGAGACUGAGGAGGUUUAUGUUGAUAUGAGUCGUGCUAUUACCAGUUUCUACCUGAGCUGACUUCUUAUUCAGUUAAAGUGUUCUCCUUCCUUAUGUAUCCAUAAUUUUAGUUUAUUAUCACACUUGUUAUAGUUUUCACUUAUAAUGUCCAGGAUUGCACUCUCUAAUACCAUCAACUGACGUGAUACAACUCACUUUGACUCGGAAGAUUACUACCGCACAGGUUGCCGAAACGUCAGUCACUGUCAACAACAACAGUCCUAUUCAGUCUAUUCAGGACUACGUUUACCCGGAAGAUCAUACUCAAGCUACUUAUGAAAAAUUUCAGUGUUAGCAAAAUUUUAUUGAAAUUUUGGCAAAAUAAAGUCUAAGGGGAACUGCUUGCAGAAAUGUAUAGAAGAAACAGCAAAUAUAGCAAGAAUAACAACAAGAAUUUCUUUCGUUUCCUUGAUUAUUGUAUUGUUACCCACCUAUAACAUAACAUAGUCAACUCAUAACAUAAUUAUUUUCAAAUCAAAUAAACUGUUAUUUUCCCAAAUAGUGUGAGCAAUGUAAAUAUGAAAAACACCCUCCAUUUAGCAUAACAGCAUCCACUAAAGUCUUCGAAACGCUCUGAUUUCAUUUGCAGCCCGUCUUCAGGAAGUUUAAGCUGCUUGCGAAAGAAGAGGAAAAAUGCCCUGAAAGUGCCUUCAAGCUUUUGUUUUACUCCAUAGCAUAUGGAUAUUGUUUCCACUUACUAUUUAGCGGCAAAUAUGACUUUUUUCAUGAGACAAAGAACUGUUGGAGAGGUAAGUGUUUCAACACACGAGUCAGCCAGUUUUAAUAAGUGCCGAUCACGCUGAGUCCAUCGGUUAUUACUGGAGAGUUGCCGGAUUUGAAAUACAAGUCCAAGCUAAUUUUACCUCACCAUGAUUGAAUAGGGCAAAUAACUUGGAGCGUUUUGAGUCCGGAAAGCACAAAAACUCAAAUCAAAUUCCUCUAAGCUUUAGCUUUUAUAGGCUGAUUUGGACGCUUGACGAAUUUAAAUGAAAAAUCGAGAGUUCGAUUUUUUUACAGAAUGGAUUGGUUUAUCCGAGACAGCCAGCUCUAACAACGAUAACUUGAUAUAGAAUUUUUGGUAUCUCUAGUUAAAACCCGCUAAAAACGCGCUACAUCCAGGGCUUGGUAUGCAAGUCCACACUAAUUCCGUACCCAGAUCUCUUGUCGACGAGGCCGAAGGCGAGCGGCUUCGUCAAUCUGAGAUCUGGGUACGAGAUAAAGUGUGCACCCCUUUUUGUGUCGCGGGUUUGUAUUGAAAAGUCAGUUUGUUUUGUAUUUUUGUAUUUUGUAUUUUGUAUUUUCCUACUAAGAAGACAUUCUUUGGCUUCGUUACGCAGCUUUUUGCUAUAAUCAAAAGUCAGAUACAAGUAAAACUCUCUGUCUUUAAAACGCUCUACCUCUUUUUUUUCAGGAUGGCACAAAGGAAUGCCAGUUCCUCAAGACAUUUACACGCUUUAUGUUGUGCAAGCAGGGUACUACAUUCAUGCCUUAUAUGCCGUAUUGUUUAUGGACGUGUGGAGGAAGGACUCCAUUCUGACGUUUUCACAUCACAUUCUUACUAUUUCACUUAUUGUGUUGUCAUUUUCGCUAAGGUAAAGAUUGUCAUUAGCCAACUUAAGGUCCAGCUUGGGACGCCUGGAACGAUGUUUUCAAACGAGGGUGGGGGCUUUGACUCCUUUUACUUGCGCAGAAGGUACGGCAAUAAUACAAAGUUGGAAUGAAUCAGGAUGGAAAGCAUACGAAAAUCUGAGGUGUUAGCAAGUCUAACUUUGUGAAAGCAUGGUUUGAACUAAGAAGUCAUCUCAUAAGUAGUUUGAGCGUGAUCGCACGGGUGAGGUCCUGAAUAGCACUGUUGUUGUUGACAGCGACUGACGUUUCGGCAACCUGUGUGGUAGUCAUCUUCGGGUCAAAGUGAGUUGUAUCACGUCAGUUGAUGGUAUUAAACUCUGGUUAUUGACUUGAUUAGUCAAAUAAGUCUCGAUGUUAUUGGUCGUGCCGUGCUGUUAUUGGCAACGAAGACUCGAAAUGUCAUCGGUGCGUUUCGUCACAGUUACCAACAUUCCUGCCAUGCAGGACUAGGAUCACCUAGACGAUCACGCUCCACCUACUAAUGAAAUCUAACUUUGUGUGUAUCGAACUCGUUGAAAAGCGUUCUUGAAUUCCCUUUAACGGUACGUUUGGCACAUUUACAACGACUUUAUUCAACUUUAGAUGCUGAGUCGAAGUUGUAUUGGCUAAGCGCAAACUACACUGUGUCCCUACCACCUUUCGUGACAAUAUAUAGUGACGUAAGUGGCUUGCGUAGAAACGGCCAUAUCACCAGAGACCCUCAGAUAGCAGAGGCGAGUGUCAAAGGCCUGUUUUUACAAUAGCCCUUGCAUCCUUUCGUUUUUAUAGGUUCCACGUAAAUUGUAAAUUUGUAAAUUCAUGUUAUUUGUUUACUCACGGAUCACCUAGGAGUUCUUAAGAACUCGUUGAAAAGCGUCCGUGCGUUCCAUAUCGAAUUGGAAUUUGGAAGUGCUGUAUUUUUAGGGAGAGGGAAAAACUGGAGUGCCGGAGAAAAACCUUUUGGAGCAAGAGAGAGAACCAACGACACAUAUGGUGUCAACGCCAGGAUUCGAACUUAAAUCAUCCUAAACUUAAAUCAACUGUUAAGCUACAAGUUGAAGCUGCAGUGAGCUUUUCAAUGCGGUAUAGUUCGAAGCAAACGGUUUUUUUUUUCAUUUCAGGUACCAUAAAAUUGGUGUUCUCGUCCUGUUUCUUCAUGACGUCAAUGAUGUAUUUUUAGAAUUCGGUAAACUCUGUGCGGCAUUCAGGAUACGCAACGGAAAGUACCAUCUUCUUCCAGACAUUCUCAGUUCUGUUACAUUUUUGUGCUUUACUUUACUCUGGUACGCAAUGUUGUAUUUGUUAAUCAAAACUACCCUAGGGUACUUACCAUUUACUUGGGAAAACCAGAAGUUCCGGUUGGGAAAUCAAAUGGUUCUAGCCAUUCCAUUUUGGUACUUCAGAAAAUAUGGGCUGUGAUUUAAGGUGAUGCAAUUUUUGUAGUCUAGUGUGUAGCUAAUUUGGAUAUACUUUGUAGCGGUUCGUUUUCCCACCACGUCAAAUUUUAUAGUUUUAUGUCUAUGCACCGAAUUUCCAUCCUGGUGGUUUGAGUAAAUGGUAAACAUCCAAUGCAUCUCAAGUAAACACUUUUAAUAGCCGGCACUGUGGGCCGGCGUUUGAACUUUCUUUACUAUGCUUAGUUAAUAUACUCUCCCUUCCCUUCAUUCUCUAUCUAACGCAGGUUAAGAUAACCGAAGGCUUCACUGCCCACAGCUGAUCAUGACAGAACCCUUAAAAAAGCCAAUACAGUUUAAGUUGCUGGUUCCUUACCGCAAUCAUUGCGCAUUGUUUGAACAAGCUUUAGCAAAGCAUACCGCUCUAUAACUUUCUGAACCUAUAUGCAAACUUAAAACCAUUUAAGCAAUAGCCAAACUUUCUGCGAAAAUUUGUGAAACAGAUCUCCACAAUUAUAGAGUAAAUUCAACACAAGUGUGCAAAGAUAACAAUAGUAACAGCCACAAAUGUCGAGGGUUGGUCAAUAAGAAAUCUUGUCUCUUUUUUAUCAUAGCCUAAGAAAACAGCCGACCCACAUUUCGUGACGUCGCCAUUGGUUUCACCGCAAAAAAACGCCUGAGAAACGAGCGCAGAAAUUCCAUAAUGAUGCGACACUACCCAGAUCUGAGUCUGAGUGCUUCUUAUUGGCUGAAAGUCUGCUUCAACCAAUCAGAAGCAUUACCCAGAUCUGGGUAGUGACGCGUCAACAGUAUGGUCUUUCUGCGUUCGUUUCUCAGACGUCAUUUCGAGGGAAAACCAGAGGUGGCGUCGCGAGAUGACGGCUGCUCUGUCAGGCAGUUUUAGCACUGAAGCGCACGUCCAGCUACGCGGUAUGGUCAUUACUUUGCGCAUGCGCACAACCAUAUUACCCCAGCAGUGGUGGUAAUGGACAGUUGUCCCUCGUGUCUAUAUAUGGACGGGCGAAUCCGUGUAGCAAAGACCCUCUAUUUCCGAGGCUAGUGCAAAGAUCAGAAGCACUGCUUUAACACCAGCUCCACCGUAAACAAGUGGUAGCUGUUAGUUGGGAACCGCAAAACAGUUCUCCCACGGCAUGCUUAUGGAGAUAGAAACGGAAAAAUUGACCUGUGUGCCCAAAUAAUUUUGAAAAAAUACCAAUUUUUGAACUGAACCACACGUACCAACUUCGCGGUGGAGCUGACGCUCAAAGGAGUGCUUCUUUGCGCUCGCCUCGGUAGUAAAGGGUCUUUGAUUGUUGACGGGUUCGUCCGUUCAUAUACCCUACGGCAAUGCCAGCUGUCCAUGGCUGCCAUAAGGUAAAGGCCAUACCGCGGAGUUGGAACGUGUGCUUCAAUGCUAAAAUUGGUAUUUUUUUUUACAUUAAUUUCUGCACUUAUCUUACCCUUCUAAUAAUCACUGUUUUUAAGGGUUUAUUGCCGACUGUACCUCUACCCAAUCAAAGUGCUCUUCGCUGGAAGCUACGAAUUCAGUAAGCUUGUUCCAAACCGCCCAUUUUACUUCUCUGGCAAUAUCAUGCUAUGGAUUCUUUUUGGUAUGAACUUGUGGUGGUUCCAGUACAUUUUACGGAUGCUGAUUCGAGCGGUGACAGGAAAAAAGUUGGAAGACAUACGAGAAGAUUCAGAAAUUAAAGAUGCAGAUGGUAAAAUUGACUGAAUAGAGUGGGAAUGGAAUAUGUCACAAUUAUGAAGACGUGGUAAUUAAGGAUGCAUUGUGUAGAUAAACAUUUUUUGCAAAGUGCAUUGUAAAAUUAACAAUUCAGAAAUUUCUCGGGAAAUGCAACAAAGGGAUUGUUCAAUGUUCAGUGUUUUUCCUGUAAUGUGAUAAAAUUUACAAACCCAAAUUUAGUGUUUUAUACAGAAGCUGAAACUUCAGAACAACCUGAAUUUCAAAAAUUAUUUUCUAAUUUGAUCAGGGCACUGGCUGCUUGUAUCGCUAAGGCGCUGCCGGGUCGUUGAGAACUGAGUGGCUAUAAAUUAGUGAACAAAUCGUAAUAUCAGGUGCUAAAGUAAAACCAAAGCAAUCAUCUUUUAUGUGUAGAAAGCAAAUAUUUUGUAGGCCUCUAAUGCGAUUUUAUUUACACAGUAACACCAAUGAUGAAUGGAUGGUUGGACGGAUGGACAGUUUCUAGCUCGGAAAAAUUUUCGCCAAUUAAAGAUGGGAGGCAAAAUGUUAUAUACCUCCACCUAUUCUUGUUACCAAAGCUUCACUGGAACCCUGGCAUGCCUGAACUUCAGUCAAACGAUAAUUUCAUCUAGCCUUCUCAAACUCAUUAAUAAUUCAUAAAGAAAAUUCAAAGGAAAUUAAUGUUUAAUGAGUGUGUGGAUAUCAGAUGAAAAACUGCUCAUUUUUGCAUCCUUAAUUUCUCCUUCAAAACGAUUUUGUUUGAGAAGAAAUAUCAAACAUUCGACACAGUGUUUCAUCACCAGAUGAAACACAUCGAAGUUCGUCAAAAAUACUCCGCUGCGCGUCGUAUUUUCAACUCUCUUCUCGGUGUUUCAUCUGGUGAUGAAACACUGCAUCUCAUGUUUGAUAUAUUACAUGAAACACUGCAUCUCAUGUUUGAUAUAUUACAUCCAUCCAAAAUUCACGAUCCAACUGACUGAAACCACAGUAGAGCUCAUGAUUUGAUAUAUAAAAAAACAUGGCACCUUGAUCUAAAGAAUAUGGCAAAAAAGAGGUGAUAAAACAAUUGUGAGGAAACUGUUUCUUUAAUUUUUGUUUGGCUGUUGCCGCUGCACCCUCAUCUAUACUGAGGUUUGAAAUGACACAUUUUUUCUUCUGUUUAUUUAUUUAUUAGGCUCUCGUUUAAAAUUAUACAUCAUGUUGUACUAGGUUAAUUUUAAUUCAAUAACGAGGUUUGCAAAAUGCGAGCCGUGCUCUGUAGCAUAUAGCCAUUAUAUUUGCAUCUUAAAUCCCCAUGCAAACGGACGCAACGUUGUUGGCCAACAACUCCAAACAUUUUUAGAUGCUACAUGUUGCGUCCCUUUGCACACCUUGUGCAUGUUGUUGUAUGUUGUUGCGUGUUGUUAGUAGUUGUUACGCAAAGUUUGAAAACGGUCAAACGUUAUCCAGGUGCAGACGGACGCAACAACUCCCAACAUUGUUGGGCUAAAAAAAUUGGGAGUUGUUGCGUUCAUUUGCACGUAACUUAAUCCAUAUUGUUGCGCCAACAAUGUUUGCUUAUUGUUGCGUCCCUGUUGCAGUGGUGAGCAAACGGUUGCAACAACAUGCAACAGGGCGUGCAAACGGACGCAACAUGUAACAUUCUACAAUGUUGGGAGUUGUGGGCCAACAAUUAGUGCUGCGUCCGUUUGCAUGGGGCUCUAGUAAAAACUAUUCAUUGCUAAGAAAGGUCAAACACAGGGGAAGCACACAAACUGUGACUGUUGUAACGCUUGAAUUUAGAGGAACUGUGUGGGAAUAUCCGGUAAGGGAGUAUUGUCGUAAUGUUUCAAUGCGAUGAUUUCUUACAUAUAACUUGAGAUCAAAAUAAACGUCUUUUUCUGAAAUGUUGUGUAUUGUCGUUUUAGCAGUAGAAAACGAGAAUUAUAGUGAUUUAAAGGGUUUUACAUUCGACGUUUACCUGAGCGUAUAUCUCAAAGGACGAACGACUUUUUCGAAAGUCUAAUUACAGUAACUCUUGUUGGGACUUGUGUUGUUUAGUUUUUCUAUUUUUUAUUCAUUUACCGUAAUCUGUAACGGUCACUUUUGAAAACGAACAUAAAGCUGCAAAUCCAAUGCAAAGAUCGGACUAUGUAAGAAUUACCUUUACAAGACAUCAACACCACAUCGAUAGACUCCAAGUAGAAAGGGGUUUCAGCCGUUAGCUGUUUCGCCUUUAUUGCGGCUUAUCAGAACGGAUUAACAACAGAGACGCUCUGCUUAGAAUCUGUUAAAAGUCCUACAUUGAUCGUCAUUACGUGUCUCCGGGAGGGCUACCGAGUAAAAAGAAUCUUGAAAAAGACAUGAAGUUGAUAUAAAAUGCGUAAGUUUACAGCGUUUAUCACCGCCGUUUGUGUUUUAAUUCUGUACUGGUUCAGUUGUAUACAGACAAAAUCAUUAUGGCUCUUGAUACAGAACAUUAGAUGGAGAAAAACGCCGCCACCCUGAUCAUUUCUUCAAAACAGAAAGUCACAGAUGAUGUGAAACCGAGUGCUGCAUGUACCAGGCGUUCAGAUGGUGGAGUGCGGUACGCAGUAAGAUAGCUGGAAAAAAAAUACGGAGGAAGAGAGGUAGAGAGGACUGCUUUUCUUUCUGCUCACAGCUUUUCGCGCCAUCCCCAUGAUCUGAGCGCCUGGCAACAGGUUUCGCGUGAGUGCACAGGUAACCCCAUCGACCGUGUUGUUGUAUUUGUUUAAAUUAGCAUUUCUGGCCGUUUCAGCGAGAUUCUAGCGAGUUAUAGCUCUACCGUUGCUCCCAGCUAUAUACCGUAGAUUCUUUAUUAAGUCCCCCGGGGUUUUCUUUUAUUUUAAACACAUUUGUGUGGGGCUUAUUUGAGAGGGGGGCUUAUUAAAUUUAGAAGACAAUGGUAUCAGUUUUCCACAAACAACUAGAAUGCAAAGUGGAAAAUCUCAAGUACAAGAGGUUGGAGGUAAUACAGCGGAGGCUCAAAAACAAAUCCGAACUUCCAGUUGAUAAAUAAACCAUCCUGGAUCGGUCCAAAUGAUGGUUUACAGUCGUGAUUGAUUAAUACACUCUAUUAUUUAUUAGUGAAGAAUCAGAAUGAGAGGAAGGAAAGGGGGGGCUAGAGGGGGGACUUAGCAGCUUUCUUCCCCUGAAAAGGGGGGCUUACUAGAAAAAGGGGGCUUAAUAGAGGAUUUACGGUAAAGAGAGAGCAACGGUAGAACUCGCAAAUCGCAAUCCCUCAUUGCAACGUAACGUCAGGCGCGGAUCCACACCGGUUUCCACCGUUUUGCGGAAAUGGGUCACAUUUUUCAAAAUAAAUAAUACUUUAAGAUUUGAUCAAUAUCCUGUCUGAAUAACUUGGAAACACAGGGAAAGGGACUCAAGGAGUAAAAAUCCGAAACAUUUCCUGGGGGAGCCUGCCCCCGGACCCCGCUAUAAGAUUGCGUCUUCGGCGCAAGAUUUAGGGAAUCGGUCAGUAUUUUUCCUAAUAGAUCCGCGCCUGGUGAUGGUUGGCAGUCGCACUGAGAAAGGAACCAGACGGCUUAUAAGAGAAAAGGCGGACUGCAAACUGUGGUUUGAAGUCCAUUGGUUAUUUAUUUAUUUUAUUUAUUUAUUUAUUUAUUUAUUUAUUUAUCACAAUCUAUGGUCAAAGGCCGAAGGAUCAUAUAAUCUGUAAAGGAGUCCUAAACCCCAUAUAAAAACAGAUCACCUAUGAACUAAUGUAGAUACUUAAUAAAAAAUAAACAAAUAAACAAAUUAAAAGCCACUAAGGAAUUUUUCAACUCUAGACUUAAAAAUAUUUACUUUGUCAGAGCAACGAAUAUUUCCACAUGUCAGUUCAUGGGGAAAACUAUACUUCAAGUCACUCGAGAAGUUGGGGUUCCUGUGGUGAGUGCUCCUCACAGGGGUGUCACAGGAGGGGACUCUCCCUCCCCUCCCUUAAUCGAUUAUCUCUGUCUUUGUGCCGCACAAAGGCGGUUUUCAAUAUGGCUGUUGGUUACUUUGAGGUUUUCUGCAGCAUAUGGCGCCAUUGUUGGAUUGAAUGGAAGGAACGAGGCCCCAGAAAAACAUUUCUGAAAGACUUUAUAAAUGAGCUUUCCGUUUAUGGAUUUGUAUCAGUACAUGACAUUCUUCUAUGCCUACUUCUUGGCGUGUUUUUCACUUUUUUACGUCAUGUCUUGACGGUAGCUGUGUUUAAGGUGAGAUUUGAUUUUAACUGCCUAAUACUGCUACUUAUUUUUUAUCAUUAAAUUACAAAAGUGUUUACUCUUUUUAUUCUUAUUAAACCAAAAUCUUAUUUAAGCUUCUUUUUAACUAUGAUAGGCUCUUUUAUUUAAGUUUACUCAUCGAAGUAGAAAUUAAUAAUAAAACGACCUGAACAAAUGAUCAAGGCUCUAUAAAAGACGAAGAAAAUUGCUCACAACUGCGAAAAAACCAGGUUAUUCUCACUGUCGUGGCAAAUAGUGGAUUGCGUGAUUGCGGCCGAUCGCUAUUCCAGGCUAUGAUAUCGAGCUUAAAAUAGCGGAGUUUUAUCCGGGACGGCAUCCGGGACUAGGUCGGAAACUGUCAGUUUUCAAAUUAAAGUAAGCUUAUUUUCUCGCCCUCUAUGAAUCGUAUUUUUGUUGGGUGCUCCCUUGUGCGAUGCUGUAAAUUUAUUUCGUUAUGCUGCCUGCGUGGCAGAGGUCAUGUGAAGAUUUUGGAGCUCAAUAUACAAGGGAGGCUUAUCAUGAUUGGUCUGAAAUUAUGUGUUGAUCAAGCGUCACUUUAAAUGUGUUGAUUAAAUUACUAAAUUGUGUUAUUAGAUUGAGAACUUGAUUCAAAAGAGACACCAUUUCUUUUAAAGUCAAAAUUAAUUGCAAAAGAAGGGCAUUUCUUCCAAUUUUUCUUCUAGUAACCAGAAGGUCAUAGGGUGGACUCUUAUUUGGAGUAAUCAGAUCCUUUCUUUUUCUUUAUGAAUUAUAAACGAGUUUCUUUAGCUCCCUUAAGGUCAAGUAAUACGGGCAACAUUUUCGCGGGCUGUUGCCCGUAUUACCAUCUUCGCUCUCAACUUGUAACGCAACAAAUUUCGAUGUUGCAAGUUGCGGCACUUAAAGAAAAUCAUGCGUUGUGAUUGGUCAACAGUGUGUUUUUGUGUCAGCAAACAAAAUGGCUUGUUGACCUUCUGUGGUUUCUUUUUGUACUUCCCUUGUCAAUGUUGUUCUGAGGCUCUGUAGUUGUUUUUUAAGACAGUUAAGUGACAUGUUAAAUUUUUGACAUAACUCAUCCAGAGCUCUUGACCUCCGUGGCUUGUUUUUAUACUCUAGUCCACAAGUUUCCUACAGACAUGGGUGCUUUUCAAGUUCUUUGCACAAAUCUUUUCUUUGGGCCUCUCACAUUUUUUCACUAAUAAAUUCACAAUCUUUGGUCUCAGCAUUCUCAACCUCCACAACCUCGGCCAUGUUUACUUCCUGCCCAAAUCGGAAAUGCCCGAGGUCAAGCGCGCGCUUACUCACCAUCUUUCCCGCAUUUUUGGUGCAGGAAAAUUGACCAAUCACAAGUGUUGUGAAGUGUAGCAAGUUGUGAUGCAAAUGAUAAAAUUGAAAGUUUGUUGCAAAAAGUAGAACUCAGAUCUACUUUGAGCAACAUAUUGCCACAACUUGCAACAUCGAAAUUUGUUGCGUAACAAGUCGAGUGCAAGGGUGGUAAUACGGGCAACAACGCUUUUCAACUUAUAGCCUACAAAAGCCGAAUUCAUUAAUUGCGUCAUUAUUCAUUCAAAAUAAAUUAUUCCUAGUUUAGCAACAGGCUAAAACGUGCUUACCUUCGUUGAUUUUAAGUUCACCUCAUUAGUGCAUGUUUAGAAGAUAAAGGGCUGUUCAGGUCUGCAAAUAUACUCCAAAUAGCAGAUGUUGUCCAUCGAGUUGUCUUCUUGCUAUGUUUUUAGACAAUACUUGGUUGUGAAACAAGUAAAAUGUUCUCACGAUUGUUUAGCCAUUUUUCUUUUCACAACCAAAACAACUCAGCCUCGUCCCCAGGUCUAUAACCAGGCUAACGCACAAGGAGGUUGUUUGUUGUGCAGAUUCUCUUACGUUAACCUCAGGUAUUGACUUCAGGUAAUUAUCUUCUUCCAGUAGUCUGUCAAACAAAUUAGGGCUUUCCUUUUUCUUCAGUUUAGGCAAUUUGACAGACGCAACCCUAAAAUAUUAUGACAUUUUGUUUAUGUUUUCACUUACCUAGAGCUUAGGGAGUAGAGCCCUUGAGAGCUAAUACACUCUCCAUGAAUUAUUAGGGGUAGGAGACACAGGGAAUUACGAAUCAAACCAGCAUAAAAUUUUUAACCUGUCUUCAAUUUUGACCUGUAACAUAGCUACAUAUCUGAAGAAGUAAUUUACUAAGCAGUUCCCUGAAAGCCAAUCGUAUUCCAUCCUGUUUUUGACAAACAUUUACUGCAUCAGUAGUUAAGCAAGCUGGUCUGUGAACAGCAAGAACCCAACUCCUAGUGCCAGCACCCUUUUCUUUCAGUUGAUGAAUUCACUAGAGUAGAGUUUCAGCAAUUAAAACAUUUUCAUCCAACCCUCGGAAUUAUGCAAUUUUUCCUAAAAUUGGGACAGUAAAUAACGAGGUGCAAUUUACUAAAAAAUAAUAUUUUUUACUUGCAGCCGACUUUCAAGUGGUGUAAGCUUCUUGAGAAAGAUCAAGGAAAAUGUCCAGAAAGUGCCUUUAAACUUUUGUUUUAUUCUUCAGCAUAUGGAUACUGCUGUUACCUACUAUUUAGUGGCAAAUAUGACUUUUUUCAUGACACAAGUACUUGCUGGAAAGGUAAACUUAACUGCUAAUCUUGUACCCAGAUCUUUUAUUGACGAAGCUGACUUCCGGUGAGAUCUGGUCUACCUCCUCCUCCCAAUCAAACUCAAAUAAGCGCUCAUCCCCACCCCACCCACUUGAGUGAAUAAAUUCUAAUAAGAGACUUCCCUGAGGACAGAGUUUUCUUCAGAGUAUUUUACAGAAACCUUGCUUUGUUACUUCUUCGCGUUUUGUUAUUAGCAUAUAUUGUUUCGUUGCAAAAUAAACUUACUUCACUUUAAAAAUGGUGAAAGAUCUGGUCUAAGGUCCAGAGGGCGGUUUUUACGGUAAUCAGAUUUUGUACAUGUGACUGCCUGUUGGGAAUGUGACAGGUGAUGAAAGAGUGGAUGCUGGAGAUAAAUCCUCUAUUUUCAACGGGUUGAACAACUAAUUUGAUAGAGCCAUGAAGUUUUUUCUAACAAAACGUGGUUAUAUGCACGUCUAAAAGUCUGAACCAACUAAUUUUUUGUUGUUUUUGGUCUUUUUAACAUCAAAUUCAACUCGACAGUUAGUUUGAAUAUAAUGAUCAUUAUUUUAUAGCGUGCACUUAAACUUCAAAGCAGUACGCGUCAACUUCUAUGCAAGAAUUUUUUCCGCCCCCUUCAAAAGUCUUUAUUGACACCGAGAGAGAGCUUUAUAAAAAGUCCUAAAAGAUAAAAUAAAAAUGGUUUUACAAGUUAAAUUGAGACAGAAAACUACUUCUUUAGUGAAAAUAUUUAUUUGAACAGAACUAAAGACUUGGCAACGAAUGAAAAAACACACGCCAUAGUGCUUGCAGAUGACGACACUCACAUCAUUCGCUCACAAUCUAGCCAAUCAAAAAAACUGAAUCUUCUUACUUGGUCAGAUCUUGCCUUUGGCUUUGUCAACAAGAGAUCUGCAUGGGUACGAGAUGGGAUCGAUUAUUUAUUGAGUUAUGAGCUUGAAUUGAGUAAGAGCUGAGUUUGAGUUGAGGUUGAGUUAAGUUUGAGUUACCAAAAAAUGCCGUUUUCACUGUUUUUGUUUUUGUUUUUAGUUUUUUCUGCAUUUUUAUGAUUGGUGCUUGAAACUACGCCCCUGCAAGGGAAACGAAACAUAGUUCAUGGGCGCAUGUUAUUGAGAGCACUGUUCACAUGUUCUGUAAGAGUAAAGUCCUUUGAUCUCCUUGUUAUUCAAACAUAAAACUGUGUAUUUUUGGUUGCUAGAUACCCUGAAUCGUCUCUUACACUCUAGUUUUAAAUGAUCUAUCUUUACAGCUGAUGACAAAAGAGAAUUAAACUGCCAUUGUGCAAAAAACAUGGAUAAGGAAAAGAAAAAAUGUAACAACUCUUCUUUUUCCCGCGAUUGUUAAUGCAUUUGUGACUGACUUGUAGCAUUCCAUCGUGUUCUGAUUUUGUGGUUUCCAGUACUAUUGCACUAUACACCUAAAAGUAUAAGGACUCUUUCAUUGCAAAGUGUUUUGUAUCAUGUCAGUUGAUGGUAUUAUACUCUGGUUAUUGACCUGAUUGGUCAAUUAUGUUGCAAUGUUAUUGGUCGUCUGUCAGUUAAGCGGUGAUGUCAUUGGCUAUGCGUUUCGAUCUGUCUGUUGUCACAGUUAAACAGUUGUCUGUUGUUAGUCAAAUUGUCAGUUGUCCAGUCGUUCUCUUGUAGUUAGUUUUGCUUGAUUUUAUCAAUAAGUCGUUUGUACGGUGCCAGUAACUGUUGACUACAAUUCAGUGGCGUUUGUUCUAAGUUAGUAAACCAGCUUUCUAAAGUGAGUUGUUGAUAGUAGUCCCUAGUGUACGUAACACAUGUCGGAGACGACCAAUAACAUGGCGACGUAGUUGACCAAUCAGGUCGAUAACCGGAGUAUAAUACCAUCAGCUGACGUGAUACAACUCACCUUGACUCUGAAGAUGACUACUGCAUAGGUUGUUGAAACGUCAGUCACUGUCAACAACAACUGUCCUAUUCAGGACUACAUUCACCUGGAUGAUCAAAAUCAACCUACUUUUAAAAUGAGUCCUGGGUUCAAACUUUUCACAAUUUUUUAAUUAAUAAAUUUUUUUUUGAACAUUAAACAAUUAAUAAUGAUAGGCAGGGGUAAGAGUCAGGGACCAGGGAUUAUGCUCCCGAGUAUGAUCCCACUGAGUAUUUUCUUAGGUCAAAAAAGAUUAAAUAAAAAUUUAAAAGAACCUCCUAGCUGUUAAAAUCCUUGCCUCCCUUGCGCAUGAUUAUACACAACAACUUGAAAUUUUUAAGUGACUGGCUUGGUACACAGUAACAGGGUUUUCAAAAAUAACAGACAAAUGGUGAAAAUCACCACCUACUUGGUGGCCAGGCACUAAGCUCAAGGGCUGUCAAAUUUACCCUGACAUUUUAGCAAAGGAUGGCAAAAUUGCACACUUUUUUUGACAAUAACGCGGACCUGCAUCAAAACCUUCAGACAAACUUAGUCUUAAGGUGUAAAAAAUUGUGCGGCCAAACAACACUGUAAUAUCAAUUUUCUUUGAAUCCUAGGAUGGUACAAAGGAAUGCCAGUAGCUCAAGAUAUUUACGUACUUUAUGUAGUAGAAGCUGGAUUUUACUUUCACUCAGUGUAUGCCACAUUUUUUAUGGACCAGUGGAGGAGAGAUUCCAUUCUCAUGAUUUUGCAUCAUGUUCUUACUAUUUCACUCAUUUCUUUCUCAUUUGCUGUCAGGUAAGAAUUAACUUAUAUGCAUCACAAGAAAUAUACAGCUCAAUUCCUUUAAGAGAUCUGAACCUCUUCUGAGAGCCAUUUGUAUGUCAGGAAUCGUUUAACUAUUUUUUAUGAAACUAGUAGCUACACUACCAUCCAGACACUGGUCUGGUGAAAAGGAAGGUAAUUUAAUUUGAAGAACAACUCCGAUAUUAAACUAACUGUCAGGCAACUGUCAGCCGACAGUUAACUGACAUAUUACUGACACCAUCUGCAUGAAGACACAACUGACAGCGUGUCUCACCAAAUAACCCUUUUACUAUGAACUUACCUUCAAACUGUGAGGAAAAUUGUCACAAUGGAAGCAAAUUAAACGAGCAAAACCACGUCCAUACUACCAGAGAAAGAAUGCUUUCAAUUGCCCUAUAUAAUGCAUUGAGAAACUGCAUUUAAAACUUGGGCUAGACUACCUGCCAGGAUCUAUAGUGCUCGCUCCCUGUUCCCUUACAAAUCAAACAUUUAGACGCAAAUAUGAAGCUGUUCAAGAAAACUGGUAAAAGUUUAUAUGCUUUUGUCCUCAUAUCCAGGGGUGCUUUCCAUUCAACCCAAAGUUCCGGAAAUUUCGGUUGGUACAUCAAAUGGAACGGACCAUUUCGGUUUGGUCUGACUGGAAUAUUUGGGACCAGCUUUGAAGGUAGUCCACUUUGACCAGACCAACCGAAAUGUCCCUUUCCAUUUGACAAAAUUGUUCCCCCAAUACCCCUCAUUUGUAUCCUUCUUACAAGAACAAUAACCAUGGGUUGGGUCUAUGCCACCAGAAUGUACCGUUCUAUUGGGCAUGUGAAAUUUUCAAGCCAGUUUUUUUGUGGAAUGAAAAGUGCCCUAGGUGUUUAAUCUUUGGGAGGCAACUUUAAACUAUAAGCCUUGUUAUUAUUCAUUCAAAAUAUUUCCCCAAUUCUGAUUGGCUAAAAGCACACGUUUAAUUCACCAUAACCAGUUACUGAUGACCAAAUUUGGAGGAAUUUUGACUUUAAUGAGGAAAUGAUGUCAAAAAUGCAGUGUUUUCACAGGUUAAGGCACCGUUAACCGAAAAGACCUGGGGACGAGGUUGAGUUGUUUUGGUUGUGAACUUGAAAAAAUGGCGAACAUUUCACUCAUUUCAAGAGUAAGAACUAGGCGAAAAAACAGCUAAAAACAUGGCAAGAACAACAAGAAAACAACUCGAAGGGCGACAUCUGCUAUUUGGAGAAUAUUUGCGGAGCUGGACAAACCUAAACGUACACUAUUGAAUAUGAACUGAACAUCGAUGGAUCGAUGGAAUUGUAAGCAUGUUUUAGCUUUGUUUUUAAACUAGGAAUUAUUUUGAAUGAAUAAUAAAACAGUUAUUGAAUUCGGCUUUCUUAUCAUUUGAAGAAUUAUGGAGAUCUCGGAGGGUGUUAUCCACCUUGGCCUACAGCCUCGACGGAUAGCACCCUCCUCGAUCUCCAUAAUUCUUCAUAAGAUACUCAGCCUCAUUCAUUAAGUGUUAAUUAUCCCUACACAUCAAAAGUACCCAUGCAACCAGAAAAUUAAGGGAUGUUGACCCCAGUGUCAUUGUCCAUCUGACUUCCAGCAGCAUUGGUCUGUGUCACUGAGUAAUUAUAAGGUGACAUCAUUCUUAUACAGACUGUAGGGUCAGAAACAAUUAUAGUGUGCUUUUUAAAUUGCGCUGUAGACAACUGGUAAAUCUCAUUUGUUUGGUUCCCAAGUAGUUCAGUCACUAGUCAGAUGUGGCGGAAUUUUGUGGCACCAUUCCUCCUACUUCCUUCCACAAUUUUGUUGCAAACAAUGCCCAUUUACUCAACUUUCACAUUUACGUGUAAUCAUUUUCUCAGAAAGAAAUAAUUUCUUGAAUAAGGUUUACCAUGGGGCCCGUUUAGUCAAUUCCUGUUGUUGCAGACUAGUUUGUGACUCAAAAUGGUUACUGUUUUUGUUUUCUCUCUUUUAGAUACCACAGAAUUGGUUUACUUGUCCUGUUUCUUCAUGAUGUCAAUGAUGUUUUUCUAGAAUUUUCUAAACUCUGUGUUGCAUUCAAAUCCCGUAAUGGAAAGUACCACCUCAUACCAGAUAUUCUCAGUAUGGUUGGCUUUACUUGCUUUGCAUCAUUGUGGUAGGCCUUCGUUUCUACUGUUUUUAACAUUAAACAAAAUUAAAGCGCAUAAUCUGAUUGGUCAAUUAGUCAUCUAACAUUUGCCCAUUAAGGCGUACGCUGAUGAAAGCUACUGCUUCAAAACUGGGACUUCAUCCCUCUGCUUUGUAAUAAGAAUAAUCAACAUCAUCAUCAUCAUCAUCUAUGAUAUCAGAGCACUUUUAACAAUAAGGGAUAUAGAAUGGUAAAUAUUAUUUGAGACUUUGCAAGACCGCGAGACACAGAUUUCAAAAUUCAACACCACCUGAAAAUGACACUUCAAGACCUACUACAAACGCUUCUGAGAUUUUGAGAUCAGGCCAAAAUUUUCCAAGACCCUCUUCUUUCGAAGAACCAUUUUAUACGGUCCUUACAAUAGGCUAUGUGCACUGCUCAAUAUGCUUUUGUCUCCCUUUUAGGUUUUAUUGUCGCCUGUACAUUUACCCAAUCAAAGUGCUUUACUCUUGUGGUUUUGAUUGCCGCCUGUAUGUUCCCACUGCUCCAUUUUACUUCUUCUUCAACACAAUGCUGUGGAUUUUAUUUGCCAUGAAUGUUUGGUGGUUUCAGUACAUUGUCUGGCUCCUGAUUCGAAUAGUUACGGGGAUGAGUCGCAGUGUGGAAGACACACGAGAAAUUCCAAAGAGAAAAACAAUAAAUGGUCCAAAGAUGGUAGAAAAUGAAGACAUGUCAAAUGGUAGCAAUAAAAAUCAUGGUUAGUACAAAAUUAAUAUGCCCUUAACAUGUUAUUUUUUAAAAACAUGUUUUAUUAUAUGGCUAAAAUAGUACACGUUUUUUAAAAUUUAUUUUAUUUUAUUUAUUUUUUUAUUUAUUUAUUUUAUUGUAAGUAAAACACACACAGAAAAGAAACAAAAAUUACACAGAAUAAAUAAAGUAAUAAAAAGAAAAAAGUAACAAAUAAAGUAACAAAAAAAAAAAACAAAUAGCAAAUUUACACACUUACAUGGCAAUAUACUUACAAAUAUUAAAAUACGUUACAGCAGUGCUAAUUCCAUAUGUUACUGUACUUAGUAUGAUCAAUAAUUAAUUUUUACAUUUUUUUUUUCUUUCUUUGUGGUGAAAGUAAUAUAAAUACUAAUAGUAGGUGCACAUUUUACUAAUUUAUGUUUUUGGAGUGAGGAGACAAGACCCAGCGAGGAAAAGAAAGGUUUCCAUUGUUUUGUAUUGCGCGGUGUCUUAUUUUCUAAUUGGUAUAUAUGUCUCAGAUAAAACAAGAAAUUGUUGUGAAUUGGGAAACAUUCUUUUGAUCUGCAUAUCCAGAUAACGUUCUUAGCUAUAAGACAACAGAAGUUUAUAUGGAGCUUAAAGGAAGAGCUGUCUGGUGUUCCACUUAAUUUGUUAUACUCAGCCAGUGGAAAAUUACCCAUAGUCACAAACUAUUUGAAGUGUUUUAUUAAAUUGAACAUGAUCCAUAUGAGGAAAGAGUGACUCUUCUAGGCGUAAUGUAGUGAUGAGUAACAUUUUCAGUAUGUACAUGUACUUUUUUGACUCUUGCAGUUAUAAGCAGCAGUAACAAAAGGGAUGCAGACACCAAAAGAAUGAAUUAUGCUGACCAUUUUGUGGGACAAGAUGCUAAUGAGGCAAAGAUACAAAAUCGCCGAAGAAAGCCACGUACUAAACCAGCUAACCCAUAAACAAUGAAAUGAUCCAAAAUCAAGAUAUCCUGCAAGUCACUUAAGUAUAAUGAUUAUUCUAUUAAGCAUAACUAGGGAGUUUACAAGACCGAAAAUCGCACUAUUGAAAAUGAAUGCCAGCUAGUUUUUGUUAAUACUAACUAAUAUUCAUACUUAAUAUUCCAUUGCGCUUCUGAGUUUGUCAGUUGUUGAUGAAUUUUUUAGGGGGUAACUGCAGAGAGACAGGAGCAUAAGGGACGGAAAUUCAUUUCAUGUGCGUUCAUGCUAUUAAACUCUAGGACAUAGCAUUGUGGCUGAUUUCUAUUAUGAUCACUGUGAUUAGUGAAAAAAGGAUAAGUGGCCUUAGGGAUUAUGUCGAAACAACACUUUUUGCAAACAUAGUGAUCAACAGUGAUAUCAUCUCAGCAAUGAUCAUUGAGGUAGACAGGGAUGUCGCUAAGAGCCAGCUGCCAGCUAAUUUCAGUGGCUGAAAGAGAGCUCACCUCCGGCUCAAAUUGCUCUGGAAAACAAAGACAUGGGCUACUAAUUUUGAAGGUGCAGUUGAGUAAAAAAGCCAGUUUGUUUAAUAAAAGGCUUGAUUAGUUUUUCCUUAGUUGCAUCCCUGGGUAGACUUCAGUGCUCCUCAGACUGGUUUCCAUGUGUUGCUAUAAUUAUGGCUACGGAACGAUAUCCCUUAACAUUAGUUUCCUCUAGUGAUCAAAACAGUCAAUAAUUUAUUAUAGGUGAAUGAACAGCAUUCUUUUGGAAUUUAACUUCAUUUUCUGGCUGAGUCAGGUUGUCAGCCAUUGGGAUCAUCAUUAAUUUGUAAAUAACAGCUCCCCUUUCCCUGAACACAAUCAUCCCUCUACACAAUUAUUUUCACUUUACCUGUAGGGUUAAAUAUGAAGAUACAAGCCGGUUAACAAUCAUCAAUGGUUUGUUAAUCUUCAUCAAUUUUUCACUUUUUUAGAAUUCAAUGAAGAUAUGAAAUUCAGUAUUUAUAUAAUGAUAUUUUAGUAAGCUGCAGGGAGGCUUUUGAGUGAAAGGUGCAAGACAGUGUGAAUUUAGAUGUCACUAGCUUCUUGUAGCUGAGAGGCCUAGCUACUCUUACUAGAACCACAAAAUUUGCUUUAGAUUAUUUAUUCAUGGUGGGAGUGUUUUAUCAAGUUAAAAAUGUGCAGUAUAUCUCUUUCAGGCUUGAUAAAACAUGAAAAAUAAAAGUGUAGGUUUAUGAGCUAGACUGAAAAAUUUGCCUUAAAUCUGUUCACUAUCCUUGUUUUUUUUUGUUAAAGCUCUGCAUGUUUUGUCAUUAUUUAUUGACAUUAAUUUAAGUUUAGUCUCCUUUUUUCCUUUGUGAAUAUUAUUAAUGGCUUUUAAUGAAUGAAAUUUAAUAUAAUACUAUUAUUUAGGAGAAUAUUGCACAUAAACAGUAUUAAAAGUACUUGUCAACAUACACACACAGGAGGGGGUUUUCAGAUUUAACUUACAGUUUGUGAUGGAGAAUUGCAAAUGGUGCUAACUUGUGACCGCCCCCAUACCCUGUCCCCUCAAAAAGGGCCCUUUUGUUUGCCUAAAACCAAAUCUCCCAUAAAGUCCUACACGGCUCAGGGAAUGACAAAAAACUAACUCUUCAUUCUCUGCAUGAAAUCAAGUUUCAACCAAUAUGAGUCAUUACACAAUUUCACACCCAUUAAAAUCCACAGAAUUUUACCCAAGUACCCUCAUCCCAAUCAUUCUUACUUGACAAUAUAAUGACCUCUCAUUACAAGACACUACAAAUUAUUGGGUAUUAGCUGGAGAAUGCACCAGAAUUGCAAUAUUCAGUGUCUCUCACGGCAAGACAAAGGAGAGAGGAAGUGGAGAGAUCAGCUGGUCUCUCUCCUUUCUCUCAUUUAUACCUCUGCUGGCAUCAAAAGAAUACUUUUACUCAUAUUGUUGUCUGCUAUUUUUUUCUGUAGCAUCUUCCUCUAUUCAUACAUUUUGUGAAUUUGAUAAAAGAACUUGGAGAUUUUUGUAUAGCCAUAUUUCCAGUUCUUAAUUUAUUUUUUGGCAUUUAGUCAGAGUGAAUUAUUUAUGCAUAAUUUGUAGACUUAUUGAAAUAAAAUAUUUUAGAUUUUGGACAUAACUAAUAAAUUGAACACAACAAUGUGUUAGAAUUCAAAUGCAUAGAAGUGGGUAAAGAGACCAAGCACUGUUUAGUUAGUUUAAAUUUAGAAGGACGAACCAGGGUGAUAUUCUGUGUCUAGCCUAUAGAACAGUAAUACUCGUUGAAAUUCAAGGCAAAAAAAUAACGGUCAUUAAAGUCCGCGUUUCAAAUCUCUUUGAGGCCGGUGAGUUACUUUCCAUGCAUUCGUUUCUCUUUUGUUUCAACACUUGAUUCUAAUCCCUGAGAGAAACCUUGGAAUAAUGCCUAGGGUGGGUCCCCCCCUUACAUUCGGGUGGAGGUGUUCGGGAUGCUUCCGUGCCUAUGCCAUCCGGGGGGACCAACAGGCAGCCAUGCAUUGGGUGGGUCCCCCUGAAACAUUCCUUUGAGGAUAUUUGGGAUGCUUCCUAGCAACUUCAAUUUUGAGCCUGUUCUAUCAUCGGAGACCCAAGGGCAGCUAAUAGGGACGACGAGAUAUUCAUAAGCGGACGUUUACUACAAGAACAGAAGAACGUAGCUUUGGCUCUGAGGAAGACUAAUUUUAAAACAAAACUGAAUGCAAGGCUGGCAAUAAGACUUAUUUGAGGUCAAUAUUUCAGCUAACAAAAUUAGCCUUCCUCAUAGGAACCAGGCUCCGCAGUGGAGGGGGGGAGGGGGCGGAAGUAGCCUGGUCCCAGGCUUCCUUCCUCAGGGCCAGAGCUGCACUAAAAAAGAAUACUGUAACGGAUACUAAAAUUUGAAUUUAAAUUGACAUGAGAGGCUAAUGAUAACCUAAAAAUGAGAACCAUAGAUAGCAUGAUAGGCUAAUUUUGUUAGCCGAUACGGAAUGGUCUUAUAUAGAGGAACCACAGUCUGUAUUAUUUACGCGUUGAGUGUACCUCUGCAUUCAAAGGUUAUUCUGACAUUCCUAUAAUUAUAUCCCGUAUGUCCUGUUGGCUUCACCUCAGUCGCCGAGGUUGAGCGUGUUCCAGAAUCUCUGUUAAGCUACGUGCAAACGGACACAACAUUGCUGGGAGUUGUUGCGUCCUUUUGCACGUAGCUAAAAGUUUGACCGGUUUCAAAUUUUGUGCAACAACUCCCAACAACAUGCAACAGGGUGUGUAAACCUUAGUGGUGACGGGCGACUGAAAAAAAAAAGAGCGUAGAGUAGAAAAAAGAUAGAGAGGGAGGGUGAGAGACGGAAGGGGGAGGAAAAAAAUAUAUAUAUCCUUAUCAUCUCCCUUCACCUCAACUCUUUGCCUUUGUAAACUUUCACACAAAAAAAUCGCCGGGGAUGGUACAAAUGACCAUGAAAUCGCCCCAAUGUACAGGCACGAUUAAAACUCGCGGAAAAAAAGAGCCGACAACGAUCUUCUGCUGUGUCAGUUUCAACUAACUCCUGACAACUGCAUCUGUUACCAGGAGUAACAACAGGGGCACCCAACGAGGAUAUAGUUCAAAACCACUUAAAAUAGCAUUGUUGAAUGUAUUUUAGUAUUCAAACGGUAGAUAUAGGCAUGUUUUUAUCCCCUAAAAACUUUUCAUCUGUUCGGAUUUCCUAGCUGAAAGUCUAGUGAUCCGAAAAUUAUAGGGAUAAAAACUUACCUUCUCGAAAAUUUCAGCCAGGAAAAGGCUCCCGAAAAUUCUAGGUGGCCUUUUUUAGGGUCAAAAUCCGUUAAAAAUGGGUAAUUAUACCAUUUUGUAGAUGUUCGAAAAUCCUAGGAGAGGUAGGAAAGCAAGAAAUUUUACAACAAAUGCUCCGAAAGUUCUAGAUCUCAAAUCGUCUUCCGAACAGAUAUUUUCCCGAAAAUUGCCGUUGGGUGCCCCUGUAACAACUCUCUUCCCUGUUAGUUUCUUCAUUUUUACGACUGCUGGUGGGCUAAGGAAACACCAGAAAACGUAUCAUAAAGACUUCUUUUCUUAGGCCAUCGUCGCUUAAUAAAAAUAAAACAAAAACAGCGGUUCACAAUGUUUAUCACCGCUGUUUGUGUAUUAUUUUUGAUUAAUCACCAGAAAUUUUUUCUAGUAUCAAAAACACACAAAGCCUGCAACCUAGGGACGUUUCGCAGAGGAGAAGUUUCAAUCCUGUGAAAAGUCCCUUGCGUCGAAGAGCGAGGACAGACGGUUGUAUUCGUACGAUUAGAAAACUUAUCUAUUAACCCAUUCGCCCCUGAACCGCCCGUAACCGCCCGUGCAGAUCCAGGUCCUUUCUACCCUUUGUGACGUCAUCAGUUUUAACGGUCAAGGACAACUUUCUUCGCUAACUUGUGCAGAGUGAAGAGAUCUUUCAAACCAUACCAGAAUGAGCACAAUUCAGUCAAGGACACCGGAGAAAGAAGCAAAAAACCACGUGACAAGGACCUGAAAAUCACCAUGAAAAUCUUGUUCCAUUACCCACCUACCUUUCCUUUCACCUAAUCCUAAGAUCCUAAAAGCUUUCCUAAAAACUCUUCCCACCAAAAUGAAGCCUACUAAAUGCCCAGCAAGAGAAAAAAAAUGAGGCAAGAAAAGCGAAAAAAGAAGGGAGGAGAAAAAGCGAAAUUUGGCUUUCUGCGCAUGCCCGAACUUCGCAAGCUGAUAUUUUGCAUCUGGAUCAGAAGGCCGCCAAGUGUACCACCUGUAAACCGGUUUGUGGUAAGUUUUAGCUCUUUAUAGCACGACAGUGACCAGAAAACUACUCGACUAGCUUCAAAACGCGUUUUUCGGCAAAAUCUCCAGGAGCGAAUGGGUUAAAUUAAAGAACUUUUGGAAGACAUAUUUAUGGCUUACAAGAACUAGGGCGAGGUCACGUGAGAGGUCACGCGCACGCGAAAGUCACGGUGAUCUGAGAUCAGGCCCAAUUUUAGUAACAUUCAUACAUUCUCUCAUACGCUAAAAGUGAAACGAAAAAACACUGCAUUGUCUCAAGCUGUGAUCACAUGGCCGUGCGGCAGUGUAGUAUAGUCAGGGAUUUUGCGCUUCAGUGUGACUACUCUUGAAACAGGGCAAACAAAAUACGGCAAACGUUUGUUACAGAAAAAAACGUUUUCCAUUACGUUUUAGUUAAUAUCACGUUCAUGGUUCCUUCUUCCUUUUAACAUCCCCCCCCCCCCAAUCCCCGAGAAGAAACAUUUUUCACAUAUUGGCUUGUUUCAAUUUAUUCAUACUUCUGCCUCUCACACCGUCGCGAGGUGCUGCUAUAAACAUAUUUCUAGUGUAAAAUACUUUCCAAGCAACAAUUUUUUCCAAGCAGUAUUCUUUCCGCUCCGGUCUCCGUUUUUAAGUCACGUGACGAAGGUUAUGCUGAACCUGAGCCUCCCCUCCCAUAAGGCAUUCCGCUCCUUCGUGCAAAAAGGUGGUUCCAAAAUGGCGGUGGGAUUCUUCGAAGCCUUCAUCAAAAUAUGGGACCAUUGUUUUAUUGAAUGGGAGGAACGAGGUCCAAACAAAACAUUUCUAACAGAUUUCUUUAAGGAGCUCUCCAUCUAUGGCUUUAUAUCAGUUAAUGACAUUCUUCUAUGUCUGUGUCUUGGCGUUUUGAUCACGAUCUUGCGUUAUUUCUUGACGGUAGCUGUGUUCAAGGUGGGUGUUUUGCAAGAUUAUUUAAGCUUAUUUUGAUCGCAAGUUUUACUGAGAGAUGGGCUGCCACUAGUCCAUGUCAUUAAAAAUUUACACUGGUUUAGUCUAUAUUUGUGUUACGAGCGGUAUUCGUUUUGUUUUAGUGAAAGUAAACUACACAGGUUUUGCACGCAAACAAGUGAGCAAAGAUCGUCACAACGUGCAGGAAGAUCAGCGACCCGUUUCGACUUGUUUUGUUUUGUUGUUAAACAUAAACCCAUUGUGGAAAUAGUUUACUUGAACCACGAAAACCGAACUACUCCUACACUGAAGUCAUCAAUUGCUAUUUACUGUUACUAAAACUCAUGCUCAGAGGUCAUGCACUCCUCCGCUUCCAUUCUAGAUUUAUAUGUCGCACUAUCACUUGCGAAUUUUGUGUUAGAAGUAUUUUCAACAGUCUUUGCCUUAUUUAUAUUUUUAGUGGUCUUCUCGGCUUUCAAAUUGAUUUUCCAGUAAGCUUAUAGAGUUUUAAGUUGUGUUUUGUGAAUAUGUUAAUAGUAUUUUUAAUUCAUUUUACUAGUUUGCGAAAUCAACAUGUCGGCUUCUUGACAUAUUAUAAUGUUUCAGCGCCGGUGUCGUUAACGUUAAAAGGAAUAUAGUUCUAGUUUUUCAGUUGAAGCAAAAUGCUACUUAUAGGUUCACUGAAUUGGGUUUGAGUAUGUUUCAUUGGGACGUCGAGUCUUUGUGAAAUGUUUGGAAUUUUUCAGUUUAAUUUGUUUACGUUGUGUGAUGUUGGCCCACGUGUGUUUUAUGGAAAUGUCUUGAUAAGUUAUUCAGUUUUUAAAAGUUCAAGACAAUCAACUCCUUUCUGGAAAUACGUGUUUGAGUGUAGAAGAAUUCAGCCCAUGUUUAAUAGUUAAUCCUCUCUGUUCCCUCUAGAUAGCAUUCGUUCAUUGGUAAUAAUCAUCGAUAAUCUCGUUCAAAGCUGCAAAAUGAUCAAUAGCUUUGUUCUCCUCUCUUGAUAUUACUUUCAUGUGCAGAUCAAUAAAAAGGAGAAGUCGAAUAUGACUCUACCAUACCAUGCAGACUUGCCAACCUUCAAAAUUAAAGGCAAAAAAUGUGAGACUCUGAGCCUUAUAGAGCUGAAAAAAGUAGAGAGAAAUGGGUAAAAAGCCAUGAGAUGUCCCAAAUUUUCUGUUGGAAGGACUUUCACUGGAGAAUAUGGGUAUUGGAAGUCACAUAUCACUUUAAAGCUGGAGUAGCAAACAUCAUGAUCAAUUUUACAAAUUAGGUUUUGUAAUUUCUAUGUUUUGUUAGUGGCCAUCUUGAGAGAAACAGCUUCACAUUUGGUGGCAGCAGCAAGUAGCGUAAGGCUAGAAGAAUGCAAUCAAACGUGAACUGCUAAUUAAGCGUUUUCUUUGGUUUGAGCUGGCUAUCUAUUGAUAUCUAACUUGGAAACGAACCAUACAACUCCAAACUUUUUUGGAGAAAUCAGUUGCCAACUCGUGAGAGCGCGAGAUAGGUCGUGAAAUUGUGAGUCUCAUGACAGAGCCUUGAGACUUGGCAAUUCUGAUAACAGGGCCACCUGAAUCACAGUUAUAGUUAAAGACAUAAUUAAUCAAAUACUGUAGCUUAAACAUUUAUGCUACAGGUACUGAAACCCUAACACCUUAACACCUCCAUGUUAAACAAAUGACAUUGGCCACCCCAAUUAUAAUUGAUUGUUACUGAAGACUUGUGAUAAUUAUGGAACAGGUUCAAUAGAUUAUUAUGGGAAAAUAUAAAGAAAUACUUGUCACCAAAAACUUCUAUGUUGUUUUAAUCCAUUGAUGACUCUUUGCUGAUAGAUUAAUUUUCAUACUGUAUGUUUUUGUCAUGUUUUAUAACCAGGGUGCAAGUCACUUUUACAACUUGUCUGUCAGGCAAGCUGUAGCUAGCAUGUACUAGCCCAAGAGUCAUUUAAACUAGCCUGAAAAACAUUUUUGACGAGUAGGAUUGAUUACGGUUUUUCUGUAAUUUGAAUACCUCCCAAAAACUUCACUUGCCUCUCAGGUAAUUUCAGAACAGAAUUCACUAGCCCUAGGCUAUCAGACACAACUUUCUUUGCUCACUCGUGAUAACAUGGCACAUCAGACCUGCCUAAUUAGUAGUGGUCCACAGUCAAAAGCACAAAAGGUUAAUAUAUAUUUUUUUGACUUGUAUUCAGGUGAAACGUAAAUGUAAUUGGUAUGGAGAUUUUUCCCAUUGUAAUAUUGAUGAUGGAUUGGUUGGGGUCAAUCCAAGUACUUCUGAUCAUUGAUUAUGAAAUCUCAGCUGAUUCCUAGCACUACUCAGUUGGGUAUCUUUUAGUUCAGAUAACUUGAAAGAGAAAACAUUUGUCUAAAGAGCAUUUAUCUGUUGAACUUGCAAUAUACAAAGAAUAAUAAUAGAAAUUUAAGCUACAUGUGUAAAAUAAUGAUGUGUGCCAUAUUGUUUCAAAUUAGCAUACCGGUAAACUUUGAUCCACAUUAGUAAUCAAUAUAGCCAGAUUCUCCUUAGCCAAUUUAUGGUUGGCAUGGUUAUUAUAAUAAUAAUUGCUCUUCAUUUUUCUUGUACAAAAAAAAAUUCUGCACCUUCUAGCCUGCGAAUGUCAGAACAUGUUUUGCAUUGAUGGAGCUAGUCACAUUCAUGGAAUCACUAGUAAAUGUCUUCAUGGUUGCAAAUUUAUUUUUAGUUUCAAUUUUAUCAGUGGAUAUGAUGAAAUUCACAUGUAUGAAUUUAAAGUUCUAAUCAGGAUUUUUUUAAUUAUUAUCUAUUACACCUUUGCACUGCAUUUAGCAAGAGGUUUUUCCUUUUUUUUUUUUUUUUGCAGGGGAGAAUAGUAAUCCUCCAGGGAGACAGUGUAUCUGCCAAAAUUUCUGUAGCUCAAAGUUUAAUGUUUAAUUACUGGAACUUGUUUUACUUUGUUUGUAGCUAUUUUGUACCCUUUUUUCAUUGGGAAAAACAAUGGUCAAAUGAGUCACCUUAAAAAGUGUUAUCCAACUUUGCUUCAAAAAAAAUCCUCUCUUUGAGUACUAUUGCACAUAAAGAUUAUUGUUAUCCCCCUUGCGACACACACACCCUUGUCACUGUAUUAGGUUUCAGUUAGUUUUGUUAUAAUGUUACUUCAAUGCAGUUACACGUCAGGUUUCUGGUAGUCAUGAAGGUUGUUGGUUUAUUAAGAUAGCUAGCGUCAGUAAGCUUUCCGUUGACAGAUUUACAUGUAGGUAUCUGCAAUUUAACUGGAACAGGCUUCAUGUACAUUGUAUGUCACUUGCUCGUGAGACACCCCAAGAAGGUAUCCAUCCGGUAACCUUAAGUGGGUAUCUUGUACAGGUUUAAGUACAUAUUUUAACAGCAUCAUUCUUGCUUUUGAAUUGCAGCCUUUUUUCAAGUGGUGUAAACUCCUUGAGAAAGAGCAGAAGAAGGGUCCCGAGAGUGCAUUCAAGCUUAUAUUUUACUCUUCUGCAUAUGCAUAUUGCUCGUAUAUUUUGUUUGGCGGGAAAUAUGAUUUAUUUCGUGACACAAACAAUUGUUGGAAAGGUGAGGUUAUAGGGAAGGUCAAUUUUAAGGCUUAUGAUUCCUUUUCUCUUAGUAUACAAAAUAAAGACAUGCAAUAUAUAAAAUAAUAUUAGUAACUUGUGUAUUGUGAUUUGAGUCAGAAGAGCCCUUUUAAAAGGGAUGGCCCAAUUAAGAUUAAGGUGGAAUGUACAUUUGUAUCACAGCAUAUACAUUUUGUUUUACUUGUAUUUAAAUGUCACAUUGCUUAAAAGUAUUGCAAAAAAUUAAUUGUUUGUACGUCUUUUCUUUCAACUUAGGAUGGUACAAAGGGAUGCCAAUUCCUCAAGAUAUUUACACACUUUAUGUAGUAGAAGCAGGAUUUUAUUUUCAUUCGAUAUAUGCCACAUUGUUUAUGGAUCAGUGGAGAAGAGAUUCCCAUCUUAUGAUCAUGCAUCACAUUUUAACUAAUGCACUCAUAUUUUUCUCAUUUGCUGUCAGGUAAGAUGUGUGAUUAUUCAUCUGUAAUUUAACAGACUAAAAAUGGUAAAUAAAUGCUUUGUGAGUGGCGGGUGGUUUUACCGCAAAGUUUUCAAUGUCAGGGUAUCAUAGCCUGUAAGAGUCCAGACAAUGGAAAAUUGAAAAGGUGCUUUGAGUGUUCUCUUUUCUUUCUCAAGAAAAUACUAGGUUUAAUAUACACUUAGAAAGUUUAGUACCCCAUCAGAAGUCAUGUACAACAGCACUGUUAGACUUUUUCCAGGCACUUCUGUUAAUUAAAUUUUGUAUCUUACACUAUGACUUUCAAUUUGUUAUUUAAGUCUCAAAGGACCAUCCAGGGCAAAGUCGCUUGAAAAUCACAUGCAAGAGAUGAGAGAAAAGCAAGUUUCACUGUCCAAUUUUUUAUAUAUACUAAUAUUUUGUAUACUGUGAUAGACCAAAGCCCGCGAACAGUGAGCACGCAGGAAAUCAGCCACUCAGUUGUAAAAAAUAAUAUUAUUGUAGCAUCAUUUAAUUUUGAGGUCCCUCAUUCUAUUCAUGUGUUCUUUCUGUCAUUUCAGAUACCACAGAAUUGGACUUGUAGUGUUGUUUCUUCACGACCUCAAUGAUGUUUUCCUAGAAUUUUCAAAACUCUGUGUGGCCUUCAAAACACGCAAUGGAAAGUACUGUCGCACAUCAGAUAUACUUAGUGCUGUUGGUUUUGUUUCAUUUGUUUCAUCAUGGUAAGCAUGAGUUUCCAUGUAUGGAAGAAAUACUUGCGACUGCAAUGGGCCAAUUUUGCAUGUACAAAAAUUGAUUUCUUUGCGAAGGUUUUUUUUAAUUGAAUCUUUAUUAAUAACUCCACAAACAGUAACAAUUAACAACAGUAGUAGACACUAAUUACGCUAGUUACAUUAAUUACCAAGUAAAUGCAACAAAAGAGAAUAAAGAAAGACAAAAAAAAAGGAACACUGUAGAUAAAAUAAAAUGUUCUUAAAGUUCAUAGCUGUUAAUUGUUAAAGUUGAGUUCCAUAGCAAGUUAGGACAUGUUAAUGGUGAUGUCAACAAAAUUAACUAAACAGCCAUUACAUGGCACCUUUACAUGUAAUUAUUCUAACGAUACAUUGAUUCUAAAAAAACCCAAGAAGGUGUUUUAAUUCUGCCUGUAUGUCCUUAUUUACUUAAUUCAUUUAUUUUCAGGUUUUAUUGCCGUCUCUACCUGUACCCAAUAAAAGUGCUGUACCCUUGUGGCUGUGGUGGCCGUCCAUAUGUUCCUACAGCUCCGUUUUACUUCUUUUUUAAUCCCAUGUUGUGGAUGUUAUUUGGCAUGAAUUUAUGGUGGUUUCAGUACAUGGUCUGGCUCUUGGUUCGAAUAGUAACAGGGAUUAGUCAUGGGGUAGAAGACACACGAGAAAUUCCAAAAAGCACAACAGCCAAUGGAAAGCUAGUAGAAAAUGGUGAUGUUUCAGUGGGCAAUGACAUUCAUGGUAAGGUCAUAAAAAAUAUGUACAGUGUAUUACAGAAAAAAUAUUUUUCAACACCAACAAUUUGUUAACAGUUUAGAAGAGCUUUCGGAAUCCGUCCAGGUCCCUUUGUCAGUGAUGAUGUUAGUUGUUAAGCUCUGCUAACCUUACAGCAAAUUGUUGGUGUUAAAGAAGAAUCUUCACCCGGCCUUAUGCAGUGUAUCUUAAAAAAGAAAUGUUUUCAACUUAGAUUUAAAAAGAUUAACAUCAGAACAAGCUCGAAUUUCAAAGGGGAGCUUGUUCCAUAGUUGGGGGGCAGCAACAGAAAACGCUCGCUGGCCAUAAGUUUUCAUGUUAAAAUUUGGUUCUUCAAGGUGCAAAUGAUCCCUUGAUGAUUGUAAUGUCCUUGAUUGAUGGUAAAAUUUUAAAAUAUCUUCAAGAUAACAUGUAUGGGAGUCCAAAACUUGUAAGCAAUACCAACAGUGUUAUUAUGACUUUCAAAGGUUACUGAAGAUGGGUAAAAAAACUUCUGUAAUUGUGAACAAAUGGCCAACACACUGCCAACAAUCAACCUCCAACAGUGGCCAGUAAAUUUAGGCCAACUGUCAACUGACUGUUGGUGCUUCAUGUAUAUUGGUAAUGUGUCACGAAGCUGUUACGUUAUUAAACAUUAUCGUUAGUUUUUUUUUUUUGCCUAAACUGCACUGAUAAUGUAAAAAAGUUUUGAAAGUUGCUGUAAUCACCACCCAAAUUAUCAUAAGCUGAAAUAGUGAAAAUAUUAUUUUUUGUGCAAGGACCUUGAUUUUUAUCAGUUUCCAUUUUGCAAUGCUUGCAAAGCAUUAUAGGGUCAUCCAUUUUGAGACAUGUUCAGUUGUGUGUGUUCAUUAAUGCAUGUUUUUCACAUAAACACUCAACCUAAGCUGGAAUAACAAUAACAUUAUGAAAAGGGGAAAAAGUGUAAUAUAACAGGCUUCUUACCCAUCUAACUUUAUUUGAUUUUUCAGCCAGCUAUAGCAGUAGCAACAGCAAGGAUACUAAGCUAAGAGAUGAACAUGUUGAUGCCAAAAGAAAGGCAACUAGAGAUCAAUUCCGACAAAGACAACUACACACAGGGCCUGCAAAACAUUAGAAAAAUGAUGAGCAGUUAGUAUUGUCCUAAUGGUAUGUAUUUUAGUUAUUGCUAUUUGUGCUGUUUUGCAUUGUCAAGCAAAGAUUUCUGGACUAAGAGUUUCUGUACAUUAAGGUUUUUGCUACAGAUGACCCCAGCACCCAGAGCUAGUCAACUGUCUGGUAUUUGUUCCAGCUGUAUUCCAGCCCCUAGGGUGUUCUUUUACAUUUUACAGAGUAAGGUUAAGUCAAAGUGUUGGGAGACAAGGCCUUAUGUUUUUCAUACUUAUCCUACAUGUAGAACUCAAGAAGGUCUAACCAUUAAUUAUUUUGCAAAUGUGAAACUAAGACAACAUUUACCUUCUUAGUUACUGUAACAGUACAGCUGUUGGUCCAGCUUGGAAUUAAACCUACGGUGUGGCACAAAAUUUUUACGGGAGUUCAUUUUUGCAGAUUGGCGAUUUCAUGUGUUUUGCAGGAACUAAUUUUUGCGAUAAGGACAGGAGGGUUUUUCUUGCUGGGAAUUGAUUUUUGCGAUUUUCAGAAAGUACCCAGUACCGAGCAUUGAUAAUAUUUUUGUUUUUAUUGAGUAAAUGCAAUAGAAAUACAUAUUUUUAAACAAUAAACCAGUAUUUCUUUGAACACCGUUUUGUUUCUGGGUGAAAGAGACAAGUUGCAAUUGAACAGACACGGUUUCUAAUACUAUAUUUUUGUGUAGCGAAUUUAGGUUAGAGAAUAUUUACUCUGCAGUAAAUUUUUGUGGGAAAAAUUUUUGUGGUAAUAUUUAUUUGCAGAAACUUAUUUAGCGGAUUGCUGGAAAAAUAAAAAAAAAUUAGAACCGGCAAAAAUUUUGUGCCACACGGUAGGUUGUGACAUGAUAUAGUGUAGAGCGUGAUGCAUUUCGUGUAGACUUACAUCACACUAGAGAAUAAAUGAAGCACAUGGUCAACUAGAUAGUUGCAGUAGUGAUUUCACAACUAGCAAUUAUCUAACGGAUUUAUGUAUUGAGAGGAUACAACAGGCCUGCUCCUCUGAAGUCUUGCAUGUAGUAAACCACUGCCAGGUUACCAGGCCUCUUGUGUUUUCAUGUAAAAUAAAAUAUAUAUCGGUAAUCCAUCUCCUUUUGAUCAUUAGUUUAUCACUGGGCUUCACAUACCAGCACAAAUCUUACCAGGAUUGAACAAGAGACCGAUUGUACAUCCUGUAGUUCCAUAUAGGACAGGAGUCAGAAUAAUCUCAAAGCUGGCUGAGUUUACUGAAAAUCAAGACCAUUCUGGUUACUCAAAUGAGCUGGUAAUAUUUAAUACCUGACUUAGCACAUAACCACUUUGUGUUGAAUUUUAGGAAUGAAUCCUUUUUAAGAAAAACAUGUAGUCAUAGAUGAUAAAAUUUAUCUAAACCAUUAUUCUCCUUCAGGCCAAAAAAAAAACGUUUUUCGAGUUUGACAAAGGUGGUUGUGUCCCUGGCCUUAGCAGCUAUUUUUUAAUAAUUAAUAAUUUUUUACCUACAAUACUAUUUUAAUAGUAAAAGUGGGUCAAUAUAAAUACUUCAAAUACGCAGUGUUCCACACUGGUAACUAGUUUCCACAAAUUAAUAGUUUCCUUGAGCAAGCUCCAGUUUGCACCUUUUUUAAUGGGUAAUAAUAAUAUUAUUAAUUCUUGCUUCAAAUGUUUAUACUUGUUUUCUGUCUGAAUUUAUGAUAUUUAUGAAAUAUUAUUCCUUGUUGAUUAUUAGACGUGCAAAAUUAUUUCCCCACUACUGUAAUUAAUUUUUGAGAUUUAAAGCUAAGUUGGAACGUACUUUAAUACUAGUAAGUACAAGGGUUGAAGGAGAAUAAUUUUUAGAACUGUGCAAAAAAAAAUUAUUGAAUCUCUUUCUCAAGCUGCGCAGAGUUAAAUAAUUCUCCCUUUUUGUCCUGUUCCUAGCGGCUGAAAUAAUUUGGCUAAAAUAAUUUCAUGACAGGUCUCGCAAUGUGAAGACAGCCAUCCUUCAUGGUGGCUAUGUACUCACUAACUUACGGUCACCUUAUGAGAAUACUGUAAAAUUCCGAAAAUAAGCCCCGGGGCUUAUAUUUUUCAAGGCCCUUUCUGAGGGGCUUAUUUUUGGAGGGGCUUAUCUAGGGAGGGAAAUUUGCGUUUCAAAAUCGAUUGGGCUAGCCUUAUAGUUGGAAGUAAAUUUACGGUUUUAGCUUUGUUUUACUUAGUAUUUGAGGGCAAUUUUCCAAGUACAAGCCCCCAGGGGGCUUAUAUUUGGAGGGGUGAUUUAACGGAGGGUUUUUUGCGUUACCAGUUUGGGGGGCUUUUAUUUGGAGCGGCUUAUACAUGGAGGGGCUUAUUUUCGGAAUUUUACGGUAUGCAUCAGCCAAAAUCAUCAUUUCUUCUCAGACUUAAAGAUUAGAUUACGUGACAGAGAUACAGUAGACUUACGGGGUUUAGAGGAUGAAACUAUAUUUUGUUUAUUAUGUUUUUUGGUGUAAUUUUUUUGGCAUGGUUUUAUUUAAAGCUGUGUUUAGAUUGUGACAAAUUGCUAGAAGUUGUAGUUUAUGUUGGAUCAGUGAACUGACUCAUACUGCAUUCAGAUUCUCCGCCAUAGAACCAGUAAUGGUGAUAAUGGUAAUAGUAAUAUUGAUAAUAAAGAAUAAUUGAUUUUAUAUUACAUUGUAAUAACAAUAGUAUGGUAGUGUAAAACUUUAAAUUGACCUUGUC